AUCUCGUGAGACCUACUUCACCUAUCUUGCUACAGAACUGUGUUCAGUUUAGGUUCACAGCAACAUUGAAGGAAAGAGAUGACCUGAAUAGUAUGAACCUUCGAACAUGUUCUGCUCAAGAGAGAACCUCUUACCAGUGGCUACACUACAGGGAGGGGUGGACUCCUGAUGCUUGACUGGACACUAUUACCUCAGCCAUAACGGUGUUGAGCUAAGAAAUCAGAUUCUCCUUAUUUUUCCUGUUCUUUUGCUGUAUAUAUUCUCUUCAGGCAUGGGAUGGCCACAUAAUGUUAUUAGGAUGGUCAUUCUAAGACUCCUGUGUAAGGUUACCUUCUAAGUAUCCUGGCAUGAUCCCUCACUGAGCAUGAAAUCCAAGAUAUGGCUGUGUGCUUCCCAAAAGGAAAGCACAGCUGGAGCUAUUACCCAGGUGGGGCGCUCAACCAAUAGGUGACUACUCCCUUGGUGCUAGAUCAUGGCUAAAGCCCAUGAGAAAGUUGCCUGGAUUAGACAGGAGUUCCAUACUUUUUUUUUUUUUAUAUGUCUCUCAUUUGUCCUAUGGUUUGUUUGGCAUUAUUGGUCUCGCUCUCUGAUUGAAAGUACUUCUAGCUUAGAUAUAUGAUGCUUCAUAUGAUAUAAAAUAGCUGCCCUUUCUUGGCAAAGGCUAGGGCCUCUACCCCAUCCAUUAAUACUAGACCCAAGCUUACAAAGGGUAUGAUUCUUGGUCACCAAACAUAUAGAACCCCCAAAAGGAAAGAGGCAGCCCUAAUUUCUAUGGUGUUUCAGUCCAUUUACCAGCAUCUAUUGUAGCAUAGGAUGCAGUGGGGGAGCAAAGGGAGGUCGACACCCCUUCUCAGGUAGUACAAAGGUAUCAGAGUUGUUGAGAAAGAAGGACAUCUCCUGCCACUUGGAAUCCUGGAAACUAGCAGUAUUCUUGAUGGGAUACCCAUUCAGGAGCUGAGGGGGAUUUUGGUAAUGGGCUCCUAGUUAGUUAAUGUACUCUCCUAGUUUUGUAGGAAUUGACUAAGGGAUCAACAUCCUCAAUCCCAGAGGAUUCCCCUUUGGCCUGUCUCCUAACACACUGGAGUCAAUUUGGACAACAGGAUUGAAGGAAGAAAGUGCCUCAUCUUCUUUUGUAAUAAUGCCUGGCCUCCAUGCCUCUGGUGCUAUUGGAGCCUCUCCUCCUACCCUUUGCCAGCAAAGGAGCAAAGAGCAUCUCUCCCUGGACUGAAACUGCACACUUCAUAUCCCUACGGCUCCCCCAGGAAAUGCACAAUUUUGAGGAUGAAUUAACAUGUCCCAUUUGCUACAGUAUUUUUGAAGAUCCUCGUGUACUACCAUGCUCUCAUACAUUUUGUAGAAAUUGCUUAGAAAACGUUCUUCAGGCAUCUGGGAACUUUUAUAUAUGGAGACCUUUGCGAAUUCCACUCAAGUGCCCCAAUUGCAGAAGUAUUAUUGAGAUUGCUCCAACUGGUAUUGAAUCUUUACCUGUUAAUUUUGCAUUAAGGGCUAUUAUUGAAAAGUACCAGCAAGAAGACCAUCCAGAUAUUGUCACCUGUCCUGAACAUUACAGACAACCGUUAAAUGUUUACUGUCUCCUAGAUAAAAAAUUAGUUUGUGGUCAUUGCCUUACCAUAGGUCAACAUCAUGGUCAUCCCAUAGAUGAUCUUCAGAGUGCCUAUCUAAAAGAAAAGGACACACCUCAAAAACUGCUUGAACAGUUAACUGACACACACUGGACAGAUCUUACUCGUCUUAUUGAAAAGCUGGAAGAACAGAAAUCUAAUUCAGAAAAAAUGGUUCAAAGUGAUAAGGAACUUGUUCUCCAGUAUUUUAAGGAGCUUAGUGAUACAUUAGAACAGAAAAAAAAAAUUUUCCUAGCUGCUCUUUGUGAUGUUAGCAAUCUGAUUAAUCAAGAAUAUACUCCACAAAUUGAAAGAAUGAAGGAAAUGAGAGAGCAGCAGCUUGAAUUAAUGACCCUGACAACAUCUUUACAGGAAGAGUCUCCACUUAAAUUUCUUGAAAAAGUUGAUGAUAUCCGCCAACAUGUGCAGAUUUUGAAACAAAGACCACUUCCUGAAGUACAACCGGUUGAAAUUUAUCCUCGAGUAAGCCAAAUAUUAAAAGAAGAUUGGAGCAGAACAGAAAUUGGACAAAUUAAGAAACUUCUUAUUCCUGAAAUGAAAAUUUCUUCAAAGAGGAUGCCAUGUUCCUGGCCUGAUAAAGAUGAAAAUGAAGUUGAAUUUUUUAAGAUUUUAAACAUUGUUAUAGUUACUUUAAUUUCAGUGAUACUGAUGUUGAUCCUCUUUUUUAACCAACACAUAAUAACCUUUUUAAAUGAAAUCACUUCAAUAUGUUUUUCUGAAGUCUUUCUAUCUGUUUGCCAAAGUUUAUCUAACAAUCUGCAUGAUUUAAAGCAUAUGCUAUGUCACACUUUAUAUUUACUUAAGGAAUUCCUGUGGAAGAUACUAGUUUCUCGUUGAAAAUCCAAAUCUGUAUUAAAUAGGCUUAUUCUGUACAGCAGACUAAACCAUUAUGAAAGGGAGAGUAGGGUAGGAUGGCUAAAUAAAAUAGCAAACUGAGUUAUUACAACAAAUAUAUAGAUCUGUUAAAACAUCCAUGCUGCUUAGAUGGUGGAAAUGUCAGAAAUGAUAACAUAAGGUGCCUAAACCAGAAUAUCUAGUUAACUUGAUUUAAUAACAUUAUCCCAUUUUAUUUGCUUGAGGUUGACUUUAUGGCUGUGAUGUUGAAAUAUUUCAGUACCAAUACAGUCUUUUAGCAUUAUUUUUCUUCUUAGUAUAUUACUGCAGUGGUUAGUGUUGCAGUUCUUUAUGUAUAUGUAGUUUUUAGAUUAAAGAUGGCAAAAUCCUAAUUUUGCCAUAUAUGCCUUUGAUGCGGCUUGAAGCCUUUGAGUGGCCAAAUAAGGAUGGUGAGUAGAGGUUUUAAAUUCAAGCAGCAGUCUAAAAGUACUAAGGGAUUGUUUACAUUAAGGAUAUUUUUGACUUUGACCAAACACACCUGAUACAUUUGAUAUAUCUUAGAUUUAAGAGCCCUACAGUGUUCAUCAGCAUUCAUUCCUGACAAAGCUAUUGCUUUUGGAGAUUUAAGUGUUAGAGAACCAACAGUGACCUUUUCAAAUGGUUUUAUGGUUUGUACAAAUUGGACUUUUUGGUCAGGGCUUCAGUCUUGCCAAAUUACUUCUUGGAUAAAAAUUAAAAACGUUACUGGCAUAGUAUGUUGUUGAUAGUCCAUCCACAUUAGAUUUAGGUGGCAUCAUGUAAACUGUAUUUGUCUUAAAAAUUUUUUUCUGCCAUUUGCUUAUGCUUAUAUCAAAGUAUCAAUUUAAUUUUCUUGAAUUUUGAUUAAAAUGGAUAUAGUUCUAAAAUGCUCCUACUGUCUUAUCUACUGAGAAUGUCUUAACACAAAAAUGGCUGGCUGAUUUAAGUCAAAUUUAUGACCAGAAUCAGAAUAUAUCUAGCACAAUCACCGGUGUGGAAAAAGAACAUUUGGAGAUUAUUAUUUUUUUUUCAUUUGGAGAUUAUUAAUAGAGGUCUGUGUGUGGGGAUGAAUACUAAGGUAUUGAAUAUAAAUACAACAUAUUAACUUUACACUGAAUAUUAAUAUUCAGCUAAUAUCCAGGUAACUAAUACUGUAUAUUAAAGCAUUGAAAUAUAAAAUUAACUUUAGACUGAGGUUGUUUAGUGUCAAUAUAAAAAUGAUAAGCACUGAAAUUUGUUAGCCAUUAUGUGUCAAGUACUUAAGUUUCUGAAGUAGAUAUUAACUUUUAUUUUUGUAGGUAAGGAAACAGACAAAGUAAUUUGCCCAAGUCCAUACAGCUAGCAUAUGGGAAAUUCUGUGUAUGUUCAGAGUUCCUGCUGUCAUGCUACCAAAACGUUAAGCCAAGUUUUUUAUGUAGUUAGGGCUAAUCUAUGUCUAAGAAUCAUUUAUAGCUAAAAAUUGAAGCAAUACUUAAUACAUUUUAGGUUUGACAUUACCAUUUUGUAAGUUGCCAGUUCUUAGUAAGACAAAACUACGAAUUUUAUAUGGUGCAUGAAUAUAGUUAAUACAGAUAACCAAUUCUUACUACAUGCUGUUCUGUUCUGUGAUUUUUACCAGGAGGAUGAAAUUGUAAAAUUUAAAGUAUAUAAUCUUGAAAUGUUUCUAAAUUUUGUGUAAGUAUGUAUUUUAAUAAACUUAUUUUGCUAUUUGCA